AACCGAUGUCAAUCAAACUCCGAAUCGAUCAAACUCGUCACAACAUAAUCAAAGAAAAUAUAAUCACUACGUUUUAAAUAUAAUCUGCGGAUACAAUACGAAAGCAACAAUAAUUUCAGACAUUACUAAACCAGUAUCACUUUCUUUACUAUAACUAAUGGACGCGCAAUCAGCUGGGACAGUCCAGUCAUCGCCGUCUCUUUACUCCGAGAGCUCCAAGACUGGCAGCAGUAGGUCUGGCGCUACUGAAGAUAAGGAGAAGGAAAUAGAUCUUACAAAAGAUAAUGCUGCAUCACCGGUGGACUUAGAAUGUCACAUUCAAGCUGAAAGAAUCACGAAGAUUCUCGAUGAAGCGUUAUAUAAAGUGAAGCUAUCUCUCUGCCUACCCUUACUAGUGCAGGAAUAUAAGACGUUAAAUUCAGUCUUGACGAUACAGCAUAUGGAUGACCUAAUCUUCAUCUUCGAACAGUAUGACAACCCGCUGUUUUCUGCCAGUCUACUGAAUAUGGCUGCCAUGGAAGAUAUUAAGGCAGGUGAUGUAUCGAUGAAGAAUCGUUUGAAUCCUGAGUUGGGACAUCUGCUUUACAUCAUGAACAGUUAUCCAGAUUUGGCACCGAAAGUGGAAACGAUGAUUGAGGAGAUGAAGGCAGGAUAUAACCUAGAGGAUGAAGGAUCAUCCCAACCUAGAUUGGAUUUUCUUCUGGCUCUAGAACAAUUUAAAGGUCUGAUGAUACGGCAAAUGGAGAUGACGGCUGCCGAAGAACUCACUGCUAAAAUUAACACGAGGAAACUAGAAAAUUCUAACAAGAAUCUGAGUGACAAAAUUCAGGAAUACAGUGAAAAGUUGAAAGAUGAGAAUGAGCGAUUCGAGCAGUCGAUGGCUCUCAAAGCAGAGAUCAUCACCAAGUUGGAGCAUGAACUUGCGAUGCUUAACUACGACGCCACGGUGAAGCUCAAGAAGAAAAUAUUAGAUUCAGAACGCCAGAUGGUGCUGGCUACGAGAGCGCAUACCGUCAAAAACGAAAUGCUUAAGGAAGAAGAAGUGGAAUGCCAGGAUGCGUACGAAAACUUGUUAAGGGUACAUUUGAUCGACGAGAAAAACCAAAGAGCUCGACGGUUCAAAGUGGAAACCCAGUUGUUAUCGUGGCUUCAGAAGUAUGAUUUGGAAAUGGGUGAAAAGCAAGUGGAACUAGACGACUACACGGAGAAGUAUGAAGAUGAGGUCACGAAAUGUGAAGAAUUAGAGCAAAAGCUAGCAGAACAAGACAAAGAGUAUAUCCCACUAAUGGCGGAGAGAGAAGAGGAAUACCACCGCGAGAUGACAGAGAAGAUGAACAAGUUCCUGAUAGAGCACGCCGCGAGGGUCAUACAGAACGCCUGGCGGGAGGUGCUCGCCAACCGCGCCGAGAAGAAACGGUUAAAGAAACUGCAAAAGAAAAUGCAAGCAGCCGCGGCGGCCGCCGCUGCGGCGGAGAAGAAACCACCCGCGAAGAAAUAAUACUUAUAAUAAAUCUCCAUUUUUGGGUUCAUGGUAAUUUUUAUGUGAUUUAUUUAUAUUUUAAAUAAACUUUUUUUAUACGUAAAGCACACUUUUGUGACUGACACCAGCGACAUAUAUUAUUUA